UGGCCCUGGCCGCUUGGCCCUAGGGUGCCUCCUAGCCUAGGAAAGUCCCCUCUGCGCUCAAAUCGGCGGCGACUUUUGGGGAACCAGGGCGCUCAUCGCUCGCGGGGAGCCACAGAAUGACUGCUGAACAGCGGCAGAAUCUGCAAGCAUUCAGAGACUAUGUCAGGAAGACUCUGGACCCCACCUACAUCCUCAGCUACAUGGGUCCCUGGCUCCAGGAUGAGGUGGUCCAGUUCAUCCAAGCUGAGAAAAACAACAAGGGCCCCAUGGAAGCUGCCUCCCUGUUCCUCCAGUACCUGCUGCAGCUGCAGACGGAAGGCUGGUUCCGGGCCUUUUUGGAUGCCCUGUACAGUGCAGGUUACUGUGGACUUUAUGAAGCCAUCGAAAGUUGGGAUUUCCAAAAACUUGAAAAGUUAGAGGAACACAGAUUACUUUUGCAGCGUUUACAACCAGAAUUUAAGACCAGAAUCAACCCAACAGAUAUCCUUCCUGAAUUGUCUGAAUGCUUGAUUAAUCAGGAAUGUGAAGAAAUCAGACAGAUCUGCUUCACCAAAGGGAUGAUGGCAGGUGCAGAGAAGAUGGUUGAAUGUCUUCUCAGAUCGGAUAAGGAGAACUGGCCCAAGGUUUUGAAAUUGGCUUUGGAGAAAGAAAACAGCACGUUCAGUGAACUGUGGAUUGUUGAAGGUUUCAAAAUGGUCGAAAGUAAAGCUGUUGAAGAUGAUGAAAUGGAGACGUCCAGCAUACAGAUUUUCAUACAAGAGGAGCCAGAAUGUCAGGUUCUCAGUCAGAAUCCCUGCGCUCCUUCAGAAGCAUCUUCUAAUAAUUUUAAUGGCCCGUUGAAACCAAGAAAUUACCAACUGGAGCUUGCUCUCCCUGCUGAGAAAGGGAAAAAUACAAUAAUAUGUGCUCCUACUGGUUGUGGGAAAACCUUUGUAUCACUUCUUAUAUGUGAGCAUCAUCUGAAAACAUCGCCACAUGGACGAAAAGGGAAAGCGGUCUUUUUUGCUAAUCAAAUUCCUGUGUAUGAACAGCAGGCAACUGUGUUCUCACGCUAUUUUGAAAGACUUGGGUACAGCGUAGCGGGCGUUUCUGGGGCAACGGCUGAUAAUAUCUCAAUGCAGGACAUUAUCGAGAACAAAGACAUCAUCAUCCUCACGCCCCAGAUUCUUGUGAACAGUCUCAACGAUGGAACCAUCCCCUCGCUGUCUGUCUUCACCCUGAUGAUCUUUGACGAAUGCCAUAACACCAGUAAACACCACCCGUACAAUCAGAUCAUGUUUCGAUACCUAGAUCACAAACUCGGAGGGUCGCCAGGCCCACUGCCUCAGGUCAUCGGACUGACUGCCUCAGUGGGUGUUGGAGACGCCAAAACUGUAGAGGAAGCCAUGCUGCAUAUUUGCAAACUCUGCGCUGCCCUUGACGCGUCUGUGAUCGCCACCAUCAGAGACAACGUGGAGGAACUGGAACAAUUUGUUUAUAAACCCCAGAAAUUUUUCAGGAAGGUGGAAUCACGUGCUACCAACACAUUUAAGUCCAUCAUAUCUCAGCUGAUGAAGGAGACAGAGGGACUGGCAAAGAAUGUCUCCGAGGAACUCGGAAAAUUAUUUCAGAUUCAAAACAGAGAAUUUGGCACGCAGAGAUACGAACAGUGGAUCGUCGCAGUUCACAAAGCAUGCAUGGUGUUUCAGAUGCCGGACAAGGAGAAGGAGAGCAGCAUUUGCAGAGCGCUCUUUCUGUACACGUCCCAUUUGCGGAAAUACAAUGAUGCUCUCAUCAUCAGUGAGCAUGCCCAGAUGAAAGAUGCUCUUAAUUACCUCAAAGCCUUCUUCCAUGAUGUCAAAAAUGCAGCAUUUGAUGAGACUGAGCAAGAUCUUACGCGGAGGUUUGAAGAAAAGCUGGAGGAACUAGAAGAAGUUUCCAAAGAUCCCAGCAACGAGAAUCCUAAACUCAGAGACCUCUACCUGAUCUUACAAGAAGAGUACCACCUAAAGCCGGAGACCAAAACCAUUCUUUUUGUGAAGACCAGAGCACUUGUGGAUGCUUUAAAGAAAUGGAUUGAAGAAAAUCCUGCACUCAGCUUCCUAAAGCCUGGCAUACUGACUGGACGUGGCAAAACAAACCAGGCAACAGGGAUGACACUCCCAGCACAGAAGUGUGCGCUGGAAGCGUUCAGAGCCAGCGGGGAUAACAACAUCCUGAUUGCUACCUCAGUCGCUGACGAAGGCAUUGACAUUGCUCAGUGCAACCUGGUCAUCCUGUACGAGUAUGUGGGCAACGUCAUCAAAAUGAUCCAAACCAGAGGCAGGGGAAGAGCAAGAGACAGCAAGUGCUUCCUCCUGACCAGCAAUGCUGACGUCAUCGAGAAAGAAAAGGUGAACAUGUUCAAGGAAAAAAUAAUGAAUGAUUCCAUUUCAAUGCUUCAGACGUGGGAUGAAAUGAAAUUUGAGAAAACGGUUCAACGCAUACAGUUGGAUGAAAAGUUCAUCAGAGAUAGUCAACGCAAGCCACAACCAACCCCUGAUAAGGAAAAUAAGAAACUGCUGUGUGGGAAAUGCAAGGCCUUUGCAUGCUACACGACUGACAUCCGAGUGGUGGAGAAAUCCCACUACACUGUGCUUGGAAAUGCUUUUAAGGAGCGCUUUGUGUCUAAGCCACACCCUAAACCAAAGAUCUACGACAGUUUUGAGAAGAAAGCAAAAAUAUUCUGUGCCAUACAGAAGUGCUGCCAUGACUGGGGGAUCCAUGUGAAAUAUAAGACGUUCGAGAUUCCGGUCAUAAAAAUCGAAAGUUUUGUGGUGGAAGAUAUCGCGAGUGGAGUUCAGAGGCGGCACGCAAAGUGGAAGGACUUUCAUUUUGAAAGAAAACAGUUUGACCCUGCAGAAAUGCCCAUAUGAAAAGCCAGGCGGUAGUGGCAGCGCAUGCCUUUAAUCCCAGCACUCAGGAGGCAGAGGCAGGUGGGUCUUUGUGAGUUCGAGGCCAGCCUGGUCUACAAGAGCUAGUUCCAGGACAGGCUCCAAAGCUACAGAGAAACCCUGUCUCGAAAAACCAAAGAAAAAAAAAGGAAAGAAAGAAAGAAAGAAAGGAAAGGAAAGAAAGAAAGAAAGAAAGAAAGAAAGAAAGAAAGAAAGAAAGAAAAGAAAAGAAAGAAAUGCCCAAAUGACCUCGGGGCUCCUGAGUCUUAUAGUCCAGGGAGCAAUGAUGAACCAAUCCUGUCUUACACAAGCCUACACCAUGUGCAAUGCCAGAUAACCUGAUGUUUGUUCCAAGCAGUUCUCGUCCACACAGAACACAUGCACAUGACCUGCAGCACUGAAUACUUUGGUCACCAGUAACUCAUAGCACGUGGCAGUGCGGUGGGGGUGUGUGUGUUAAAAACUUCCCUUUUAUACUUUUCAGAACUGCCCAUGAUGGAUGAAGUGCCUGCCACAAGCUGGCUUUGCCCUUAACAAUCUACCGAAUUCUGACUUUGUUCUUUUCAAGGCCACCAGACAGACUGCCAAGUCCAAUGGGUACUUUCUGAUUCUUGCAUUGGACUCUUUCCCUGCUUUUGGCUGUCACUCACAUUCUGACAGAAGUAUAGGUGACUGCAAGGUUCAAUAUGCACACGUGUGUACUGAAGUGACAUAUACCUUUAAAAUUUAGAACACUAUAGCAGACAGCUGAGAAGGUACCUCUGUUCUGUGCCUUUGCUAUGCAUCUUACUCUAAGGUCUGUCCUAACUGGGGCCGUUUUCCCUCCUUGACUAGACAUCUCAAACCAUGCCUCCCCCCUUGCCUCUCUUCCCUUAAGACAGGAUCUCCCUGUAGACCAGAAACUAGAUGUGUGGACCAGGCUGGCCUUGAAUUCACAGUUCCCCUCAUCUCCCUAGUGCUGGGAUUAAAGGCUUAUGUAAUCAUACUCGGCUCUAGCUAUUUUCAAUAAAGUCUAAUGUUU